AUGAGUAUAGAAGCAACUUUUUGUGGUUACAUAGAAAAAACUCAAGAUACUUUGUUAAUAUUUGAAGCGUGCAGACGUGGUGUAUUGCCAAGAAUAUGUAGACGUCUUCAAGAGAAAGAACGUAAGAUCGUAAAGUCUGGAAGCGUAUUUGUAUUUGAUGAACGCGAGUCUGGAAUAAAAAGCACUAGCAGUAGUGGUAGUGAUAUGGAUUCACAAUCUGAAAGAAAUAAAGAACGUGCUUUGGUUGGUAGUUUAACUAAUUCUUAUAAAUUUAAAAAAGGUGGUUUAAUUAAAAAAACAAUGUCAAUCAUGGUUAAUGGAAUUAGCCAACAUAUGAUCAGUUAUUAUACAAAAGAAGAUGUUUUGGCUGGCCUAUUGAAAACUCCUUCUUCAAUACCUGACUUGGCAAUUUUAGAAAUUGCUCCUGAAUUUUUACAAAAACAAAAUUUUAGAGUGCCUCCUAUGAUAGAAUCCACCUAUGAUCAAGAUAUGGACGGAAUGUCUACUUUUGGAAAACAAAAUGCUAAUUCUUCACAUCAUGGCAUGGUUACAAAACAUGGAAUUGGAGGUACAGUAAGUCCAACAAGACUUUCUAAAAUGGAUUACACAUCAACAUCAUCAUCACGACGUAUUAAACUUGAAUCGGAAAAUUCAAAUUCUUCAGGUGUUGUUGACGGUUAUAGACCUCAAUCAUUUUCCACAAGUUCAUCUGGCUUUCCCCAUUACACUCACUACGCACCCAACAAUUUAUUAACGAAUCAUUCUAAUCCUCAUGAUGUAUCACCUAUGAUGAGAGGAGAUUAUCAACAAUUUCCCUCAACAUCCUCUACAUAUUCUUCACCAACCUCAACCUCAUCACCAACUUCGAUAAAUCAAUUAUCACUGAUAACAACAACAACACAUCAUUCCAAUGCUAACAAUUCUCAUAAUGAAUCAUCAUCAUCGCCAUCAAAUAAUAACAACAUUAAUAAUAAUGAAAUUAUUUAUGGUAGUACCACUCCAACAGCUACCACAACCUCACCAACUACACUAACUCCAAAUAAUUCUAAUAAUACUAAUGGCAAUGGUAAUGAUUCAAAUUCAAUUCAUCAAAUUAAUACACUUAGUCAAGUUCCUUUGUAUCCAUAUCAUGAUUUACAUUCUUCUCCAAGUAGUAGUACCUCUACUGCAAUUGUUAGUCCAACUAGUGGUAGUAGUGUGAGUCCUUAUACUUCAAGCUAUCCAUCAUACUAUGCACCUUUGAUCAAAACUGACGUCUAUCCAGCCGUGUCUAUGUCUCCUAAUAAUGAAUUAUAUGAUAAUUUUAUGUUCAAGCAAGUAGAUAAUUGGAAUUAA